AAAAAUAAAAUAAACAAAUAAAAGAAACAGCGGAGCCGCUUUCUUGAUACGAAGCUCUUUCUUCUCCGUAUUGGCCGUUAAUGGCGACGUUGAAGCUGUUGUCCCACCUGCGACGUUCUCAGCCGACUUCAUACCUCUACACUCUCUCCCACUUCCAUAUUUCUGAUACCAUCUCUAACCCUCUCUCGCCUCCUUCACUCGUUCGCACACCUCACCUCCCAUCUACCAGCCCCGGCAGCUUGCUCCCGGCGGCUCUCGGUUUUCUCCACCGGCGAUCUCUUUCCACUCGCUCCGAAGAUUCCUCCGACCUCCCACAACUCAGCGGCUUCGGCACUGAUUCGCUCACUGACUUGACCGAGUUAGCAACCGAGUCGGAACUCGUCAGUAGCGGCGAUGACUCGAUCCUUCCUGUUGGGACUGUGAUUUCAAUGCUUGAUGGAUUCCACGACCUUACUGGUUGGCCCUGGUGGAUUGUCAUUGCCUCUUCUACUUUGGCUCUCAGAGUUACUAUGCUUCCUCUACUUAUCUUGCAACUUAGAAAGUUGAAAAGGAUUGGAGAGCUAUUUCCUAAAUUGCCUCCUCCAUUGCCGCCACCUCUCUCAGGAAGGAGUUAUAUUGAUCAAAUUUCACUCUUUCGUAAGGAAAGGAAAGCAAUUGGAUGUCCCUCAUUUCUAUGGUUCCUCGCAUACAUCUCUGUCCAGGUCCCAGGCUUUCUCCUGUGGAUGAUUAGCAUCCGAAGAAUGUCGCUGGAUCAUCAUCCUGGGUUUGAAUUUGGUGGUGCUUUAUGGUUCCAGAAUUUAACUGAAUAUCCUCAUGGAGUUUUAGGCCCCAUAUUUCCUUUACUGAUUGCUGGUUUACAUUAUGCAAAUGUUCAGAAUUCUUUUCGGAAAUCUUCAGUUGGAAAAGGAAAUGAUCUGUUUGACUUAUUGUUAAAGUACUACAAGUUCUAUUUGGAUUGCUUGACGCUGCCUAUAUUCUUUAUUGGUUACUGUGUUCCCCAGGGAAGUCUAGUCUAUUGGGUUACCAAUAGUUCACUAACUCUUAUUCAGCAAUUGACACUCAAACAUCCUGCUGUACGUGCAAAAUUGGGAUUACCUGACAAAGUUGAUCGUAGAGAAGCUUCAGAUUCUGAGAAGAUGAGCACUUCUGUAUUGACACCAACUAGUACACCCAAAAAACUGAAACAAGUAUCUGUCCAAGACCUGUCCCCUAAAGAACUGCUAGCGCUUUCAGUCCAACUCUUGUCAAAAGGACAUAGCGAAAGAGCAAUUCCUUUGCUGAGGUUGGCACUUGACAAGGACCCUGACUAUGUGAGAGCUUUGACUGUCAUGGGUCAGACUCUAUUGCAGAAAGGGCUACAAGCAGAGGCUAGUGAGUACCUAGAGCGUGCUAUUUCCAAGCUCCUUCAUGCUGCCCAUCCUACAGAAUUGGAGGACAUUGAUCUUUUAAUUCUUGCAUCUCAAUGGGCAGGUGUUGCCUACACUCGGCAGGGAAAAAUUGCAGAAGGACUAGUACACCUUGAAAGAAUUGCAAAAAUUCAAGAGCCCGAGGAACCAUUGAGCAAAGCCCAUUAUUUUGAUGGGUUGUUAUUGCUUUCCAGUGUUUUAUACAACGAAGGUCGCCGAGCUGAAGCUGCAAAGUAUCUUCGGUUGGCUGCUGCUUAUAAUCCUGCGUUCAAUGAGUACUUGGAGCAAUGUGAAAAUGAUGAUGGCACUCUUGUCAGUGAUCUUGUAAGCAGUAGGCGAGGAGAUUAUUGAGUCGGCUCCAAAGAAUAGAAAAUCCAACUUUCCUGGUUUCCUAAUUAUUGAUUGGUAAACCAGGAAUAAAAUCAUUGAUGUACCAUAUUAAAUUAAUAACUUUUUUACUAUUGAUUGUGAAAUUAGAUUUGUAAUCCCGUAGAGAAAAUAAGAUAUUUAUUUCAGUUGCAUGUCAAGGGCCUCAGCAUUGGGGGAAUAAGGCGAGGAUUUACUGACUAGGCGCCCACAGAAUCAAAAUUUCAAUUUAAUUUCUUUGUUUUCUCAAUUUCACUGUUUGGAAGAUUAGUCAUUCUUCUGUAUGCCAUAUCAUAAUUUACUGAUAUGUGUUGGUAUAAAAAAUUAACUUAAAACUGCUUAUUCGUCAUUUA